AUGAAUGAAAUUACAAAUAAAAUGAAUUAUUUGAUAUCUAAAUUAAUAGACCCAAAUUUAGUAAAUCAAAAUAAUAAUAAUCACAAUAAUAAUAAUAAUAAUCAUCACAACAAUAAUAAUAAUAACAAUAAUAAUUUUAAUAAUAAUUCAAAUCCAUUAAGUGCAAGAGAAGAGAAACCAAAAUUAAAAUAUAAACAUUGGUGUGGAACAGUAGAGAAAAAGGUAGCAUCAAUUGGUUCAUUGAUACCAGUUUUAGAAUCGAAUCUUUUAGGAUCAGAUGAAAAGAAAAAAGAGAAAGCGAUUACAACAUUUCAUAAAAUCACAGUCUCAUUGAAUGAGUUAAUCCCACUUUUAGAGAUUAUACAAUAUAAACCAGCUCAUAAAUCUGAGGGUUUUGCUUCGACAUCACAUAGUUCACAACAUGGUGAAUCUGAUUCACCACCAACUUCUGGCUUCAUUUCAUCCUCCUCAACUUCACCAAAUACAUCAAAUUCAAAUUUAGCAAAUUUAACAAAUAACGCAACUGCAGCACAAACCACUGCAUCAUCAUCAUCAACAUCAUCAUCAUCAUCAUCAUCAUCAUCAACAACCAACCCCCCUGUAAAUAGCACACCAAAUAGUAAUAGUAAUAGUAAUAAUAAUAAAGAUUUAAAUAAUAAUAAAGAUCAACAAUCACCAUUAUCAAUGUCACCAAUUUCUUCAUCAGCAAAUGGUAAUUCAGAGAAUGGAUUAUUAGCGGCAUAUAAAGAGUUAACAAAUAGUGGUGGAAUUAAAGCACAACAACUUGAUGGCAGUAGUAGUAAUGGGAUUAGUGGUGGCGGUGGAGUAUUAAGAUCAACUAAAGCAAUUUCAUAUUCAUGUAGGGAUGCAAUGUUAACAUUAUGGUCACAAUUAUUAUCAUUCAUUGAAAAGUAUCAUAAUAUUGAAAAGGAUUUAACACCAUUUUAUCAAACUAUUCUUUUAAUUUGUCGUAGAAAAGAAUAUGAUAGUUCAAUUUCACAUAUUGAUCCAAUUACCACUAGACCUUGGUCAUUGGCUCCAAAUGAAAUCUUAUCAAAAUAUAGAAAAAUUAUACAUAAAACUUUUUCAUUUAUUGCUACAAUUUUAUCAUCACCAUUAUUCUUUUCAAUACCAUUAACUCAUUUUUGUUCAAAAAAAUACUUACACUUUUUUUUUUUUUUUAAAAAAAUUAAUAUAAAGUUUUUAUCAGUAUCAUUUUUUAGAAUACCAAAAGUAGCAAAAAUAAUUUUAGAAGCAUUAACACCACCAGAAACAGAAAUUCAAGAUAUUAUAUCACAUUUUCCAAUACCUUCAAAUUUAAAACAUUUAACAAUUGUUGGUGAUAGACCAGAUAAAUCACCAUUUCAUACUUUUUUAAUGCAAAUGGGUAAUAAUAAUAAUAUAAAUAAUAUAAAUAAUAAUAAUAAUAAUAAUAAUAAUAAUAAUAAUAAUAAUAAUAAUAAUAAUAUAAAUAGUAAUAAUAUAAAUAAUAUAAAUAAUAAUAGUAAUAAUAUAAAUGUGAAUAGUAAUAAUAUAAAUGGGAAUAAUAAUAUAAAUGGUAAUAAUAAUAAUAUAAGUGGGAAUAAUAAUAUAAAUGUGAAUAAUAUAAAUGGAAAUAAUAUAAAUGGGAAUAAUAUAAAUAAUAUAAAUAAUAUAAAUAAUAAUAAUAUAAAUGGGAAUAAUAUAAAUAAUAAUAAUAUAAAUAAUAAUAAUAAUAAUAAUAAUAAUAAUAAUAAUAAUAAUAAUAAUAAUAAUAAUAAUAAUAAUAAUAUAAAUUUUAUUGAAGAAUUUUCAAUUGAAAAUAUACCACAAGGUUGGAUAGAUAAUUUAGCAAGAAAAGAAAGUGUUUUUUUUAUAUUUUUUAAAGAUUGGCUCACAAGUUGUAAAUAUGUUUUAGGUGAAACAGUCGAUAUGAAAACUGUACCAGGAUUCUUUACUAUAGCCUAUGCAUUACUACAUGAAAUAAAGACAAGGGAACAAGCACCACCACCACUAUCAAAGCCAACACCAUCAUUGGAUGCUCAGUAUACAUUGAUUCAAUGUUGUAGACAAGAUAAUAUAAUGGAUGUAAUGAUGAAAACCAUUUUCUUAAAGACUUGUGUAUUCGAUCUACCAGUGGUUUCAACUACGUUGUCAUUGGUUGAAUGCUGGCUAAAAGAGUAUGGUCCUUUACCCGACUCUUUCGAUAUCAAUUUCUUUUGUGAAGGUAUUGAGAGUAUAAUAGUGGCUGAUCAUCACCAAAUUCUAAUUAGAGCAUUACAAAUGCUAUACAAUACAAGUGAAUGUUUCCAAAGAAAUCUUCGUAAAGUUCUUUUCCAAGAUUUACUUUUAAAUAAAUACUUUUACGCUUUGUUUUUACAUUGGGAUCAACCUGUUAGAAAUGCAUAUCAUCAUUUAUUACUCUAUAAAAUGGUUAGAAUUAAUAGAUCGAAACUCUAUGAAUCUGGUGCUACCUUGCAAGAAUUUUCAAAAUUAACUCAUAAUACACCUGCAAUUAUCACUAAAAGUAGUGCUUUAUCACCAACUAAAUUCAUUGAUUCAAAAGAUGAUAAUCAUAGUUAUUUUUCAUCUUCCAGAAUUAAUAAUAAUUCUUCGUUAUCAUCAAGUAUUAAUUCAACAACAUCAACCACCACAACCACAGCAACAACAAAUGGUAAAUCAACAACAACACCAUCAUCAUCCCUCUCCUCUAGCACAGGUACUAUUAAUACAAAAUCACAUUCAAUUAGUAUUGGUAGAAAAGUGCCACCACCUGUACCACCAAGAAAUUUUUCAGAAAUUGAUCAACAAUCAAACUUAAAUUUAGAGUCUGAUGACUCUUUUGUAAUUAUAGAAUCGGAAAAUACAAAUAGUAAUAAUAUUAAUAUUAAUAAUAAUAAUAAUAAUAAUAACAAUAAUAACAUAUCAAUUGAAGGAAAUAGCAUUACUAUGACAGCUAGCAAUUCACCAUCAUUAGCUUCAACACCAUCACAUUUAUCACCACAACCAUCAGAUUUAAGUAAUCAACCUUCAAAUGUAUCAUCAUCAUCUGCUACAAUAAAUAAUAAUAAUAAUAAUAAUAAUAAUAAUAACAGUAUUAAGGAACAAACAAAGAAACCACUUCCAAAAUUACCAUUAUCUGCAAUCUCUGAAAAAUUCAAUAAGGAAUAUUCACUUGAUAUUAAACUAUUUUUUGAAAUUGAAGUAUUAACCAAAAAAGUUCAAGACCAAAUGAGAUGUCCAGAUUUGAAAUUUCAUGAUCCAAUUUUAUCACAUUAUGUUGCAUCAUCAAUUAGUGAAUUUAAAACUUAUAUCGCACAUAGUAAUCAAGUUGACUCUACCCCUCCAAAAAUAAUUCCAUUAAUGUUUGCAAAUUCAAAUCAUAUUAUAAAUUAUAAAGAUUAA